CUGGGGCUGGCUUUCUCCGGGCUGCGUAACGUUUUUUUUUGAGGGGGGAAAGGGGAGCACAAGUUCCUUCCCAAGUGGCAUCAGAAGAACCCCCCCCCCCUCCCCCGGUGCCAAACCUAUGAUCCUGGUUUAGGAGUGAUUCUGCUUAGGUUUCUUUAAAUCAAGCAGCAUAUGCAACGCCGUGCCUUUAAAUUUCAUCUGAUUACCAAAUCCAGGUCUGGAGAUCACCCAAGAGAUCCACCCGUCUCCCCACAAAAAAGAUCUAUCCAUUUGGAUCUGCUGAUCAGAGAUCUGCUGAUUCCCAAGAGGUCUAUUGGUUUCAGAUCUGUCAGUCUCCCGUCUUCCAUUUGGACUGACUGAUCUCCCAGAGAUCUAGCAAUUUCAAGAUCUAUCAACUUCACAUCUGCUGAUCUCCAAAAGACUGUGGCUCUUCGUGCUUUUCGACGGGGUUUUCAGCUUGGAUUAAUUGAUCUCUCUAUCGGAUUGGCUGAACUAUUGACUCUCAGAUCUAUUGAUCUCGGAAAGAGCUAUCAACUCCGAGCUAUUGAUCUCAGAAAGAUCUAUUGAUUAGGAUCUAUCGAUCUCCCAAGGAGUUCCCGUUGCCCUGUUUCUCCCCGGGUGUGUACGGCAGGACUAGGGGAAGAUGUUCAGCUGGAUGAGGAAGAACGAGAAGAAGACUCCUGAGGUGAUCCACACGGUCACCGAGGGGCUGAAGAACCUCUACAAGAAGAAGCUGCUGCCCGUGGAGGAGUUCUACCGCUUCCAUGACUUCCACUCGCCGGCCCUGGAGGACGCCGACUUUGACAACAAGCCCAUGGUGCUGGUGGUGGGGCAGUACUCCACAGGGAAGACCACCUUCAUCAAGUACUUGCUGGAGCAGGACAUCCCGGGCAGCCGCAUCGGGCCCGAGCCCACCACUGACUCCUUCAUUGCGGUCAUGCACGGCGAGACCGAGGGGAUCAUCCCGGGCAACGCCCUCAUCGUUGACCCCAAGAAACCCUUCCGCAAGCUCAACCCCUUCGGGAACACCUUCCUCAACCGGUUCAUGUGCGCCCAGCUGCCCAACCAAGUCCUGGAAAGCAUCAGCCUCAUCGACACCCCGGGGAUCCUGUCGGGAGCCAAGCAGCGUGUGUGCCGGGGCUACGACUUCCCGGCCGUGCUGCAGUGGUUCGCGGAGCGCGUGGACCGUAUCAUCCUGCUCUUCGACGCCCACAAGCUGGAGAUCUCGGACGAGUUCUCGGAGGCCAUCCGAGCCCUGAAGGGCAACGAGGACAAGAUCCGGGUGGUCCUGAACAAGGCCGACAUGGUGGAUACGCAGCAGCUGAUGCGGGUCUAUGGGGCCCUCAUGUGGUCCCUGGGGAAGGUGUUCAACACCCCCGAGGUGCUGCGUGUCUUCAUUGGCUCCUUCUGGGCCGAGCCGCUGCUCGUCUCCGACAACCGGCGGCUCUUCGAGCUGGAGGAGCAGGACUUGUUCCAGGACAUCCAGAACCUGCCCCGCAACUCGGCCCUCCGCAAGCUCAACGACCUCGUCAAGAGAGCCCGGCUCGUCAGGGUCCACGCCCACAUCAUCAGCCACCUGAAGAAGGAGAUGCCCUCGGUGUUCGGGAAGGACAACAAGAAGAAGCACCUGAUCGCCAAGCUGCCCGUCAUCUUCGCCAAGAUCCAGCUGGAGCAUCACAUCUCGCCCGGCGACUUCCCCGACUGCGGCAAGAUGCAGGAGCUGCUGAUGGUUCACGACUUCACCAAGUUCCACGCGCUGAAGCCGCGGCUGCUGGAGGGGCUGGACGAGAUGCUGACGGGCGACAUCGCCCGGCUGAUGCCCCUGCUGCGGCAGGAGGAGUUGGAGACGCCGGAGGGCGCGGUGCAGGGGGGGGCCUUCGACAUCACCCACAACGGCCCCUUCGUGGAGGGCCUGGCCGACGGCGCCUACGAGGGGGCGGACGACGAGGACUGGGUGGUGACCAAGGACAAGCCCAAGUACGACGAGAUCUUCUACAACCUCUCGCCCCUGGACGGGAAGCUGAGCGGCACCAAGGCCAAGAGCUGGAUGGUGGCCACCAAGCUGCCCAACUCGGUGCUCGGCAAGAUCUGGAAGCUGAGCGACGUGGACCGGGACGGCAUGCUGGAUGACGAGGAGUUCGCCCUGGCCAGCCACCUCAUCGAGGUCAAGCUGGAGGGGCACGGCUUGCCCGCCGACCUGCCCCGCCACCUGGUGCCCCCCUCCAAGAGGAGGCAGAAGGGCUCAGCCGAGUAACGGGCCCGGGUUCUCGCUCCCCCCGCCCCCGUGCCAGGCUGAACUGCUCCGAGAGACCCUGAUCCCCCCACACCCUCCAUGCCAGGCUGAACUGCUCCGGGCGACCCCAAUCCCCCCCCUCUCCAGCGUCAGCGAACCAGCCUCACCCCCACCCGGCGAGGGAGUAAUUUAGGACCCUCAUCGAUGCAGGAUCAGGCCUCCCCAGCCAGCCGCCCUGGGAUACCUUCACCGUCUCCGUCCUGCCACCGGGGCACGAAGCGGGGCCAGCGGGGGGCUGCCAGCCCCGGAUCCCCCCAAGACACACACCACGUGGCCUGUCCACCAGGAGAGAAGAGAGAGGCCGCGAGCUGGACCCUGCCCGGACCUCCAGCUGCCCCAGGUCAUUUGGGGGGAGACUUGACGGGCCCCGGGGCAGUCGCCAUGUUAAAGUGGGAGGGGGGGGGACUUGCCGUGCUCCCCGAUCCCCGAGGCACCAGCCACGCUGGUGGGUGGGGAUCGAAUCCAGGGCCUGCAAGCCACGAGCCGCUCUCCCCCGACCCGCCACUUGGGGGGGACAAAGAGCCAGGCUGGGUUAGUGCAAGUCAUACCCUGGCGCUGGCCCCUGGCGUCCUCCGUGCCCAUGUCCCGCCUGCGAUCCGUGGUGCCAGGCAGGGGCCGGCAUCAGGCCCCUUGGACCCAGAUCCAGCCCUGAGGGUGGCCUGGGGCAAAGCUACCCUAGGGGUUUGUGGGGGUCUGAGCCCAGUUCCCGGAACAGCCGGGAGGGCUGCAGGUAACAACCCCUCCACCAGCAGGGGGCAGGGCCUGCCAAUUAGCCCCACAUAUCCCUGUAUGGCCCUGCAGCCCGCCUGCCCCCUGGUGGCAGCCUGGGGUAUUACACACUGAGGGGACUGCAGCCCCGCUGGACGCCCCCGCCCUAGUGGUAGCAGGCGGCACUGCACCCCACACUGUACCAACCAUGCAAUCCACUCACGCUUCAAGGGGCCAGCCGCCCCCUCUGAGCCCGAUCGGGCCCAUUCAGACCCAUCCAGGAAGUGGGUCUGUGACUCGUAUCCGGGGGGGAAUUUCCCCUCCAGCCAGAUGCUUUGUGUAUAUUGACCCCGUGUAUCAGACUAGCCACCCUGCGCUUCAUGCCCCCGACACACCCCACUGCUCCCCACCAUGCGCUGGGGGGGGCAGCCCCUUGGUAUUGUUAUGGCAAAACGCUCAUUUACUCUGCGGUUUAACCAGGGCCUAUUGGGGGCAGAGCAUGGGUCACAGCAGCCCUGAGGCCGCUCUAUUUUACACCAGCUGCCCCCCGGCCAUCCCAUCCCCAAGUGCUCGGAUGGGGCAACUGAGAUUCAGGCCCUCGGUUCCCCAUCCCAGGGGCAGGAUAGUGGUCGGAGGGAUGGGGGGGGCUAAUGCAGCGCUGGUCAGGUGACCAGGUUGGGGGGCUCCCCCUGCAAGCCCCGUCUCUCUCCCAGCCUCGGUCGUUACAGUCCCUCCGGAUCUAGGGUCAGAUACGGCUGGGACCUGGCCUUGGCCCAUUGCGGGGAAUGCGCGGCCUGAGCCCAGCUGAAGCCCCAGGAGGUCUUUCCCCCUCGGUGUGUGCGAGCCGGGCUCCAGGACUCUCUGUGCGUCGUCUCCUCUGCCCCCGGGGCUGUAUUGAUAUCGGUCCUUCUGCAAUAAAGAGAUCUCGCAUUUAC